GGAACCGAGGUUGCUUGUCUGGUGCCUGACUAUCAUUGCCAACUGCAAACGGCUACCACUGUGCUGAUGAUGAAUAGGUACCUAAACUAUGUGUUUGCCUGUCUGCUGUAGAUUGUUUUGCUUGCUUGCUUGUUUCCUCUCCACUACUGUGACAAGGGCUUACAUUGGCAGUUUUCAAUAUGUAACCCUAUGCCGCGGAGUAUAUCCGAGCUAUCAUUUGACUAAGAGCCCUUGGCAGAGACGGACGAGAGACGUUGGCCGGCGUGGGGACUUGUUUGUGUUUAAUAGCGGCACCAAGGUUUCGCUGUUUGAACUGAUGGGGGCGGCGUUUGACACUCUGUGCGCGCCCACUAUGUGGAACACGCUGAACCCGUCCUGGUCCUUCAAAGUGCUUCCCCCCUUUCCUUUUGAUGAGGUGUUUUCCAUCUCCCACUGUUAGACAGCUGGCCGAGAGUUAAUGCAGGCACACCAUCGCGCUUCAGUGCAACUCUGGACUUGAUAGUCUUUCAUGCCUUGGAAGAAUAGCGCACGGCAGCGGAGAGGUUGCAUUGCCUUGCGGUGUCUUUGGUCUUGGUCGGUUCAGCUUCCAGGGUGUACAAGCCGGGAAAGUUCCUUGGUUCCUAGGUAGUCCUCUGGUGUGCUGGGAGGAAG